AUGAUUCCAGCGUUUCUCAAUUCUCUCUUGCUCUGUUUAAUGUGUCCGAUGUUUCAAUUCACAAGUUUGUAAUGGGCAGAGCAACCUGAGCUGCGAAAUUACGAUGUCGCAUUUAUAUCUGAAUCAAUGCUCGUAUUACUAGCCCGUUAGUGGACGACCCAAGAGUCAUUUAUAUAAAUAGAAUAAUUUACUGAAAAGAAUAAAUAAUCUCGGUGGCACCGACAGCCACCAAAUGUCCAACCACUACUCCCAUGUAACCAUCGUAACAAAACACCAAAGAAGAUCUUCCUUCUUUCAUUGUAUGGGAACAAGAAAACAAUUAGAAGAUAAUAGAUAAUAGACAAUUAGUCAAAAGAAUCAAAUGGUCAUGCUAUCAAAAUUAUAUAAAACCAUGUGGUAAUGAAAGAAACAUAGAUAUUUUCCACAGGGAAAAAGAGUUCUGUAAUGACGAUAGGUGCGUUUGUAGUAAAAUAAUGACGAAAGUGAUUGUUGCAAUCGAGAUUAUAAAACAUGUUAAUUCCAUAUUUAGAUGAAUUUUAUUAGAGAAAAAUAACAUUUUCUAAAGCAUUCAUCUAUUUUAAAGAUAUUUUCCAUAGCAUUUAUAUAAAAUAACAUUUUAUAUAGCUUACAUAUGUGAAAACUUUCAUCCAUUUCUAAAUUUCUCUAAUUCCGAAAAAAUAGAUGUAAAUUGGAAAUGAUGUGACUGUUGUUUUUAUUUCUGGUUUUUCUUAAUUUCACCUUAAACAAAUACAGUAUAUAUUUUUGACUUUACUCGUCGGAAAAAAAAUUGGAAGACAAAACUCAAGUUAGCGAGAAGCACUUUCCAUUAUUAUCUCUCUCCCCCCACCAAUUUCAUAUCGCAAUAAUAAUAAUGUUCAAUAAUGAUACCACUACCGGCGCCGGAGCCGUCGUCCCGACUCCAUCUGCUACAGUUCCAUCCACCAUCUUCCCCGGCACAACCAUCACUUCCAACUCCACAUUCAUCAUCAUCGAUCCCCCUCCACCGUUCCCAGCACCUCCUCGGAGCAUCGACUUCACUCCUAUCAAACUAAUCUUCGCCGUUCCCGCCUUAGUUUACUCCUAUCAAACUAAUCAUUCAGAGGAGAUCGGUAACGAAUGCACCGUGUGUAAGUCGGUGCUCGCCGACGGCGAAGAGAUCCGACAACUAAGCGCGUGUAAGCACGAGUUCCACGUGUCUUGUAUCGAGGAGUGGCUCCAAACUCGUUCCAAUUGUCCUAAUUGCAGAGCAGACGUCCCCGUUAAACCGACUGAAGCCGACGCUAACGUUAACGGUAACGUUAACGUGAAUCGCAGCGGUGGCGGAAACCGCCGAGUUUCAGCGACCAAUAGAGAUGACGAUUGGCGUCAAGGUCUACCUGAUGCUUCUAGUCUAGUUUGAUUCAUUUUUUAUAUCGUAAGUUAUUUUUUUCGAUUUCAUGAUUUUUUUUUUUUUUGGUAUAAUGAUUUUAUAUUUAUUGUGGCUGUAAACAAAUUUACGUUAAAUCUAAAAAAUAUGAGUUCGUUAAUUUAA